AUGGAGGCGUUUUCAGACUCAAAUGAACUUUAUACAAUAAGAAACCAGUUCUACACUUACCAGCACAACAAGGUCAAGUCGUAUUCCCUUGACGAGUUUUCGGAGGAGAAUCAAUUGAAAGUUUUGGAGAUUCAAAUACGGUCUACAAUAGCCUUGGGCCAAGAUGCGUCCAAGCUAAUUGAGGAUGGAAAGAUUAGGUUCCCCGAUAACGAAGAAUUGUUUCAACUUCUACAGGCUUGGAACGAUCUCAAGGAUUUUGGAACUGACGAUUCCACUUAUUUUGAAGAUUUGAAAGCGGCCAAGUUUGAAUUGCAAGCGAUCUUGACUUCGUUGUAUUUGAAGAAGUUUGAAAAAGACAUUGACCAGAGUAUAAAGUUCCUUACUAAUUACAUCGACAAUGUCAGCAGCUUGCAGAAAUAUAACGAAAUUGAAGUGUUCUUGAUUUUGAUGCAGUUGUACUUGUUGAAAGGAGAUUUCAAAGAAGCCACGGCAGUAUUUAGAAACUUGAAUUCGUUUCCUGAUUUCGCCAAGGAUGAAAUCAUUUAUCAAAUGAUUGAAAGCUGGUAUGGCAUCAUCAAAGGUGGUGCUGAAAACAUCAGCAACGCAUACGAUUUCUAUGACGAGAUUUUGAACACGGGAUACAAUGAAGGAGACGUGAAGGGGAAAAUCAGAAUCUUGAACACGCAGUUGGUGCUCACGUUGCAGUUGGACCAUAUUCCCGAGGCGCAGGAACUCUUGAAGCAGAUCCAGCUGCUACUGAAGGAAAUCCCCGACGAUGAAGCCAAGGAUCUCAGUGGGGACAUUUUGGCAAAUGAAAUAGCUUUGGAUAGAUUGACCAACCAAGGAAAGAACUCCAAGUCAUUGUUGGAGCAAUUGAAAAAGGCUAACCCCGAGCAUGAAUUGCUCAAAGAUGAGCAGCAAAAGAACGAAUUGUUUGAUUCGCUUGUUGCAAAGUACAAAUCUGUGGAAACUUAG